AUGCCUAGACAUAGUACCCCUAGAAGCUCUGUGCUUCCUAGAGACAGCAUACCUACAGAUAGUCCCAACAACCCUUUUGGACCUACUAGGUACUCUAUUGAGCAAUCCUCUCCUGAGGAGCUAGUGAUUCCCCAACCUAUCCAACCCUAUGAAUCACCCAUCAAGCCACAUGCUUCCAUGCCAGCCUUGGAAGACCCUCAAGCAGGACCUAGUAGCUCAAGAAGGAUAUCACCUCACUCUCAUAAGUCAUCAUCCAGACACUCUCCAAGAUUGUCUCCUUUGGAAUAUGAAGCUAUUCAGGAAGCAACAAGCUAG